CAGUGGUGUACCUAGCUAUCUCUCGAGCGAGCUUGAACUUCUUAGUACACUACUAACAGUGAUCUUGCUUUUAAAAGAAAAGCCUUCGAACUUAUAUAACUACUUAUUAGCUUGGAGUAUGCUUUAGUUAAUCGGUCACCUUCCAACGGUCAAGUUCGCUUACCUUCCUUUUCUUUUCCAAUAAAACAAAAGAAAGAAUUUUUUCUUAAAAUUAACAGCGAACAAAACAAAAAUUGAGGAAAUCGAUCCUUCCAUAUUCAACAAAAAAUAAAAAAAAAACUUGGCCGAAAGAAUAAAAAAAAAAAAACAAUCAAGCUCAAGGAUAUUUUUUCUUUAUACCAACACAAAUACGGGAUUAUUGUAUUUUUGGUUUUCUUAAAAAUUGUGAAGUGGUAAAAUAAUUUUUAAUAAAGAAUUAAGGAUUUAUAGUGUGUGUAUCAUCUAUAAGUGAUAAGACGGAUACUGUGAAGUGAACUAAGGAGUCCUGCUUAAAUAAAUUUACAAUAAAUUGUUCCCUAUCCCUUGAAGGAAGACCGUUAUUUUUAUAAAGUACAAAACUUUAUUUUUGCUUCAAAAUGUUCUUCCAACGCAAACAAAUCGUCUUUUUGAUGCUGGUGAUGAUCGUGAGCUCAGCGACAGCAGCGAAAAAGAUGCGACGACCUGUCAAGCCAGCGAAAACAUUUCCCCGAACAAAUGUAACACCUUCGCCAGCUCCAAUUGUUGCAUCGACUACCGCAGCUCCUGCUGUUGCGGCUCCUGCUGUGGCAGCAGUGACAGAUAAUAUUGCUGAAGAAUCUUAUCAAUCGAUGUCAGUUGUUGCACCAAGUGGGGCAGCUAUUGAGGGUGCAGAUGGUGAAUUGCCAAAACCUUUGAUUGGAUUGAAUGGUGGAGAUACCUCCGGAAUGUCGUCGGAGUCGAAGAGUGAAAAACCAACUAUUAGUCCAGUGGGUAUGAUCGAGGAGGAAUGCGAUCCGGAUAUGAUUGGAUUCGAAAUUAUAACAGGAUACGUUCUGUCGGCGCCAUCAAAACUCCUCGAUACGAUGCCGGGAAUUCUUAUGCUCACCGAUUGCCUGGAGGCGUGCCAGCUCAAUGAAUCAUGCAGUGCUGUCAACUACGAAACGGGACUGUGUGUUCUCUUCAAGUCCAAUGCCGAUAAGCUGCCAGGUUCUCUGUCCCGUUCGCAAUUCCCUGUCUUCACCAUCUACGCACAGAAAUCCUGCCUGGGAGUGCGUCCGUGCUCGAAGGCUUGGUGCAUUGACAGAGUGCAGAGUCAUCGUUUGGUUGAUCAUAUCAAAGCCAGUCAUACGGUCUACUCACGACGGGAUUGCCUUGAGCUGUGUUUGGGUGAAACCGAAUUCACUUGCAGGUCAGCAAACUACUAUCACCAUUCGGGACUCUGUGAGAUGUCUGACAUGGACCGCAUCACUUUAACUGGCUCAUCUCACUUCGAACCCUAUGAAGGAUCGGACUACCUGGAGAACAACUGUGCUGAGGAACCAAGCAAACUUUGCGAAUUUAAGAGGAUUUCCGGAAAGAUCUUGAAGACCGUUGACUCUGUCUACCAGGACAUCAACAGCAUUGAGGAAUGCCGAGAUCUCUGCUUAAACUCUCCAUACAGAUGCCACUCAUAUGACUUCAACGAUACCGGAGAUAUGGUUUGCCGCCUUAGUCAUCACAGCCGCGCCACCCUCACCGACGUCCUCGACCCCUACCUAGACGUCCCAGAGGCAGCAACCUACGAGCUCUCAUCCUGUUACAAUGUAUCGAUCGAAUGCAAAGCCGGCGAAAUGAUCACAAAGAUCCGCACCUCGAAACUCUUCAACGGCAAGGUCUACGCCAAGGGCUCACCCAAAUCAUGUUCUUUCAAUGUGAACAACUCGCUAGAGUUCGACUUCCGAAUGGGCUACAACGAUCUCGAGUGCAAUGUUCGCCAAAGUGCCUACGGCCGUUACAUGAACGACAUUGUUAUCCAACACCACGACAAGAUCGUCACCUCCUCCGAUCUGGGGCUAGCGGUCUCGUGCCAGUACGACUUGACCAACAAGACCGUCUCGAAUGAUGUUGACCUCGGAGUCACUGGGGAAAUUGAAUCUUCACUCAGUGAAGAGAUCAUCAUCGAAUCACCAAAUGUAAUCAUGAAGAUCACUUCACGCGAUGGCACAGAUAUGAAAAGGAUUGCCGAAGUUGGUGACCCUCUUGCGCUUCGUUUCGAAAUUGUCGAACAGAACAGCCCCUACGAAAUCUUCGUACGCGAAUUGGUGGCAAUGGACGGCACCGACAAUGCCGAGAUCACCCUGAUCGAUGCAAAUGGCUGCCCCACCGAUCAUUAUAUUAUGGGCGCCAUUCAAAAGCACUCCGGCAAUCGCAAGGUCCUCCUAUCCCAAUUCGACGCCUUCAAAUUCCCUUCAUCGGAGGUGGUGCAGUUCCGUGCCCUGGUUACGCCAUGUAUUCCAAGGUGUGAGCCGGUUAUUUGCGAUAAUGAGGACAUUGCAAGUGGUGAAUUGAAAUCUCUGGUAUCGUUUGGACGCAGGAGGAGGUCCGUUAAUGCCACAGAAUUUACAACAAGCCGCCGAUCGAAACGUGAUGUCAGCCAUAAGCCCGCCGAUGAUAACAUCCUGUUGGUGCAAUCAAUUCAAAUUACGGACAAAUUUGGAUUCAAUCAAGAGGACGACAAUACAUUUGGUGAUGCCGAUGCCAAGGAGAAGAUCUAUGCUGCUGUCGCUGGUGAUGAGGUGUUCGGUUGUCUCAAUGGCUAUGGACUUAUAAUUGCUUCAGCUAUGUUCCUGCUAGCUCAGCUCACAGUCAUUGCAAUUUGGAAGAAGGUCCAGAAGCGAAACAAGAAGGAGAACUAUCUUUAUAACCAUCAGACGCAUCCUAAUACCCCAACGAAUUUCGCACCCAACAUGGUCUAUGGUCAGCCCUGUGGAAGUCCCAGUGACACAUUAGGUAAACUUUACGACAGCGGUAUGUCAGGACGAUAUGGUCAGCAGUUUUGAGUCAACAUCUCCAAAAUCCCUUGAAGCCUUGAAUGCAAAUAAAAGGUGGACAACUAGAUAUUAUUAUACUGGAAGGAAACUGGAAAACUGGAGAACCCCAGUUACCCUUUGGUGGAAUUAGAUUUAAAAUUUAAAGCAACUUAAGACUUUUUAUUUAAAUUCUAUUUAUUUAAAUUAAUUUAGUCUAAUUUAAUUUAUAUUUAAUUCUAUUUAUUUUCCCCUAUCAUUGAGUGCAAUAGAAUAAAAAUUGCACAAUAUUCUAUGCCCGGUUUUAAUAAACAAAAGAAUGGAAAACAAAUGACGAAAAAAUGAACUACAAACCCAACAUUCCCACAUUGAAAAACAAAGUUUUAGAUUUUAUACCUCAUAGUUUACUAAAAAUUAUAAAAUUCUAAAACUUAAACAAAUUUUUAAAAUUAAGUUUUUAAAUAAAUUUGUUAAAAUCGGGCAUCGACAUUCAACUAUAAUGAACUUUUAAGUCUAAUUUUAAGAAGUAUUCUAUAUUUUAAGUUUUUGUUUUGUACUGUUACACCCUAAUGAGCGUAAUGAUGCUUCACUUAUCUGUAAAUAAGUAGUAUCCAUUUUUUUAAUUUUUAUUUUAGAUAAAUAAGAUUUUUUUUUUUUUAAUUAACUUUAACUUAAUUCUAUCCUUUUUUCUAAUAACACAUUUCUUUUGAUUUGAAAAAAAACAUGGAAAUUGGAAUUUUUGUGACAGUUCCUUUGAUUUCAAAGAAUGAAGACUUUUGUAUCAAAAUGUUUUCGGAAAAGUCCAAAAAUAUCCAAAAAAAAUAUGUAUUCAAAGAAAAAAAUAACCUCUUUUUUUACUAAAAUUAUUUAAAAUUUAAAAACUCCUUCUAAAUAUUUUUUAAA